UAACAGUCAGGCAUUUCAUUGUUUGAUUUGUAGUCAACAUUAUCAUUCAGGACUCUUCUGGCCCGCCGCUCUACGAUCUUUGCAGUCAUGUCUGACCGAGGCUCUUUUGAUACCAACGUGGUGACUUUAACCCGGUUUGUGCUGGAGGAAGGGAGGAAAGCGAAGGGGACAGGGGAGCUCACUACCCUGCUCAACUCGAUGUGCACGGCCGUCAAAGCCAUCUCCACCGCGGUGAGGAAAGCUGGCAUCGCCAACCUGUAUGGCAUAGCGGGCAGCACCAAUGUGACGGGGGACCAGGUGAAGAAGCUGGACAUCCUGUCUAACAACCUGGUUAUCAACAUGAUCAAAUCCUCCUUCACAUCCUGUGUCCUGGUGUCAGAGGAGGAUGAGACAGCCAUCAUAGUAGAACCAGACAGACAGGGUAAAUACGUGGUGUGUUUUGACCCUCUGGAUGGUUCCUCCAACAUCGACUGCCUGGCUUCCAUCGGCACCAUCUUUGCUGUCUUUAAAAAGACGACAGAGGACGACCCGUGUGAGAACGACGCGCUGCAGCCCGGUAGGAACAUCGUUGCGGCUGGAUACGCCCUCUAUGGCAGCGCCACCAUGAUGGUACUGUCCACUGGGCAGGGGGUCAACUGCUUCAUGUUGGACCCGGCCAUAGGUGAGUUCAUUCUGGUGGACAGAGAUCUGAAGAUCAAACCGAAAGGGAAUAUCUACAGUCUGAAUGAAGGAUACUCCAAAUACUUUGACCCCGCUGUUACGGAGUACCUGCAAAAGAAGAAGUUCCCCAAGGAUGGCAGUGCCCCGUACGGUGCCCGCUAUGUGGGUUCUAUGGUAGCAGACGUCCACAGGACCCUGGUCUACGGAGGAAUCUUCCUCUACCCUGCUAACGUCAAGAGCCCAGAGGGAAAGCUGCGUCUGCUGUAUGAGUGCAACCCCAUGGCGUUCAUCAUCGAGCAGGCAGGCGGUAUGGCAACCACAGGAAGUCAGAACGUCCUGGACAUUCAGCCAAUCAACAUCCACCAGAGAGUUCCCGUGGUGCUGGGGUCACCUAGUGACGUCCAGGAGUACCUGGAUAUAUACCAAAAACACCAGGCCAACAAUGGUAACUAGGGACCGCACACACCAGGCCAACAAUGGUAACUAGGGACCGCACACACCAGGCCAACAAUGGUAACUAGGGACCGCACACACCAGGCCAACAAUGGUAACUAGGGACCGCACACACCAGGCCAACAAUGGUAACUAGGGACCGCACACACCAGGCCAACAAUGAUAACUAGGGUCC